CACAUGUAUCGACUCAGUAAACAAAUCGAAAAGCGCUUUCUGCCGUCAAUGAUUCAAGUGAAAAGUUGACAGACGAAAGAGUUUCGGAUGUGCGCAUAUCAAAUUGGAGACGAACUGUCGCAGCUGUGGCUAGAGGAGGUGCGCGGAGUGCUUAAAGCGAGAACUAAGCAGGUGAUCAGGACAAUAGGACAACAUUGUCGGCAAAUGUCGAGUGCCACGCCCAUGCUCCACCUGCACAGGCAAAAUCCUUUGGACCCAUUUGUCGUUGCGUAUGAUAAAAUUUUAUCGCUUGGAAAUUUUUCAAUUUUCCCCAAAAGGAGUGCAGAAGCAGCGACAUGCCAGAUAAUGAUGAUGACGAUGAUGUCCACGAUAAUGAUGAUGAUGACGAUGACGAUGACGAUGAUGAUGAGCAUGUGAAUGUGGAUGUGGAUGUUUGGUAAGUGCAGCGCAUGCUGCAUGCAAAGACGUGAUGCCCCUUAUUAAGGAUAACAACCCGCAACACAGGACACGAGUACAAGUACAAGUCCUCUCCGUCCACCAGCCCCUCCCCCUCCAGCGUGUGGCAGGCACUAAAAAAGGACAUGUUCCACUUGAAAAAUAACAAUUUCAUUCAAUUUUUGAUCAUUUGCCACCAGAAAUGGCAAAUCAAAAAGCUAUAAAAACCAACAACGACAAAGGCCCAGCGACCGGCCAGGACACAAGGACAGGACCCAAAAUGUUUGCGCCCUGCCCAGGAGUUGCUUCUUAAGCGGUUCGAGGGCGGUUUUUGUUGCCUCUUUUGCUGCUACUUCAUGUUGUUUUUUCUUCAUUUUUUUUUUUUGUUUUUUGGUGCUUGUUGGCUUUAAAAUUGAAAUGACACACGCACCGAGCUCGCCCACACCAAAAGGCACAGCCACAACCAGAGCCACAGCCACACACAGAGGCCAGGCAGCCCCCAUUCGGCCCACUUGCAUGUGAUUGAGUCGUCGGCCAGCAGGCGGCUGUUCCAAAUCCUGCACGCAAAAUUUAUGUUGCAUAAAAUUUUUCAAUGAAUUUUAUACCAGGAAUUUGACUUGGUUUUACAUUCGGCCGUCGCUUUGCCACGGCAAUGUCUUCAAUUUUUAGAUGACUUUUGUCUACGCACGUGGCAUAUGGAGCGUAAACCAUUCGCAUUCGCAUCCAGAUUGAGUUUGCCCCACCCCUCACGCCACCACCACCACCACCACCACCAGCAGCAGCAGCAGCCCAGCGGUGGGACAGUGUCAUCGCAGCAACCACCAACAUCAGCCGUAUCGAAAUCUAAGCCAAACACAGGUCAUUCCGCAUUGAGUCUCUGGGCUUGAGCUGUGCGGCUCGGCCUCUGACUGCGGUCUGUGCCACAAUGUUGCAUGUUGCUGACGCGGGGAGUGGGAGUAGACGUGGGAGUGGGUGGGUGGGUGGUUCGCCAUGCCUAUAUAUUCGCCAUUCACUGCCUGAUUAUGCUUAAAUUUUCAAUUGAUAUAAUGUUUAAUUUUUAAUUUGAUUAAGCAGAGAAUUAUUGAGGUGUUUUUUUC